AGGCUUCAAAGAUCAAACUCAACUCUUGGUAAUGGAUGGUCGUAGUUGGCAAUUUGGCCUUCUAACCAUUUAUGCAUGGAGAACCAUUUUGUUCCUCCUAAUAACCCCUCUUGCAAAUAUUCAGCUAUCCAACUAACAUUGAGGACAAUGGACCCAAACAAUGAUGGGUCUGCAGCAGCAGGGCGAGUCACAUAUCCUCAAAAAAUACAUCUUUUGGAUAACAAUUCAAAUGAACUAGAUUUCACUACCAACUUUUCCUUUGUUAUUUCCUCUAAUCAGAGUCCUUAUGCAGAUGGUUUGACAUUCUUCCUUGCAAGCCCAAAUCUUCCAUCCACAAAUGAUACACAAAAACUGAGCGGAGGAGGCCUUGGCAUUGGUCUUGUGGAUGGUGACAGAAAUCUUCUCCAGACAGACUAUCGAUUUGUGGCAGUGGAGUUUGACACUUUCUCAAACAACUGGGACCCAGAUGGAUCACAUGUUGGUGUAAGUAUCAAUUCUAUGAAGUCUGAAAUAUUUGAGGAAUGGUGGGUAAAUAUUACACAAGGGGAGAUUUGUAACUGUAGUAUUGAGUACAAUUCUAGAAAGAGUAUUUUGAAUGUUUUUUUCACUGGAUACAAAUCCAGUGGUGGGGAUGUCACACAGACUACCCAGAACCUUUCAUAUCAGGUUAAUAUUCCUGAGCAAUUACAAGAGUUAGAGUCAGUUAUUGUUGGCAUAUCAGCUGCAACAGGUGGGUAUUUUGAGCAACAUACCCUGCUGUCAUGGUCAUUUAGUACAAGUGUACCAAGUGGCAUACAAAGUAAUGCUGAUUCUGAAAAGAGAAGCAAGUUAAUCAACUUACACUUGUUGGAGGGGAUAGGAAUUGGUAUAUGUUUGUUCUUAAGUUUAUUGGGGUUGUUCCAUCUUUUAUUCUGGGGAAAGAAUAGAGGAAAAGAAGGCACUUCAGAAGCGACUUCUAAUCUAAAGAUGGAUAAUGAAAUCCAGAUGAGCACUGGACCUAAGAAAAUUGGUUAUUAUGAAUUGUUAACUGCAACCAACAACUUUGAAGAGACACAGAAGCUUGGCCAAGGUGGUUUUGGUGGUGUUUAUAAAGGUUAUUUGAAAGACUCAAACUCUUAUGCUGCUAUAAAGAGGAUAUCAGCAGAUUCAAGACAAGGUAUAAAGCAAUAUGCGGCAGAAGUGAAGACCAUUGGCCAACUGAGGCAUAGGAAUUUGGUAAAACUCACAGGUUGGUGCCACAAGAGGAAUGAUCUCCUCUUGAUAUACGAGUACAUGCCAAAUGGUAGCUUAGAUUCUCAUCUUUUUCGUGGAGAAAGCAUCUUGACAUGGAAGAUGAGGUACAACAUAGCUCUGGGAUUGGCCUCAGCAUUGCUUUACUUACAAGAAGAAUGGGAAAAAUGUGUGCUUCAUAGGGACAUCAAAUCAAGCAACAUAAUGUUGGACUCCAACUACAAUGCUAAGCUUGGGGAUUUUGGCCUAGCUAGGCUAGUGGAUCAUGAGCAAGGGUCACAAACCUCAGUUGUGGCUGGGACCAUGGGUUAUCUAGCCCCUGAAUAUAUGAAUACAGGAAAGGCUAGAAAAGAAUCAGAUAUAUUCAGUUUUGGGGUUGUUUUGUUGGAGUUAGCCAGUGGAAGAAAAGCCAUUCAUCACAAAGAUUUGGAGGGAGAAGUAUCAUUAGUUGAGUGGGUGUGGGAGCUUUAUGGAUUGAGAAAUAUCCUUGCAGCAGUAGAUCCAAAUCUACUUGGAGAAUUUGAUGUGCAGCAAAUGGAAUGCUUACUGGUUGUUGGCCUUUGGUGUGCAAAUCCAGAUUGCAAAUCCCGUCCCUCUAUAAGGCAAGUGAUUAAGGUGCUCAACUUUGAAGCUCCUUUACCCACUCUCCCACAACAGAUCCCUGUGUUAACCUAUUUCUGUCCAAUAACAAAUGACUUGUUUUUAACUGUUCCAUGUUCCUUAAAUGAUACAAGUUAA